AUGAUUGACCGGAUCGCCAAAAAGUUCUCAGCGAUAGUUAUGCAGUUCUCUUGUGGAGAUGAAGAAAAAGGAAUCAUGAAAACAUGGUCGCUGAUAGUCAUACCCCGCAUUGUGGGAAUCGUGACAAGCGCAACUGUUAGUGGAAGUCUCCGUGUGAUUGGGGCCGGACUUUCAAGCGUCCUAUCAGUUACUUAUUUCCCCGAAGACGUGGACCUGUUGCGACGUGAGAGCGAGUCCGAUAGGGAAGAUCAAUUUUGGACGAUGGGGAAUAAGAGUUGGUCGAUUUCUGGCCAGAUCGAGCGGCAAAAGGCACCGUUGAGUGAGCCAAUUCGCAGGAGAGGCUGGCUCUCGAGCUCAGCGGAGGAGAGGAGAGAGUUUUGUGUUUGUGCCUGCGUCGACUUCGAGGGCCAAGCAAAGUCCAUGAGUUGA